UAUUUAAGAAAAAUGUAAUGAUUUAUUUAAAAUAUAUAGAUUAAUUCACUCGUAUCUAAAUAUUAUACACAUUAUUAUAUAUAAUUCAAGUAAUUUGUUACUUUUUUAUCAAAAGAUACUUAUUUGUCAGAAAUUAAAAAUGUCAAAAAGACCGGCUGACGAGAACGUUAGUGGACAACCACCGAUCAAAAUGGUUCAAUUUGAGCCUCACUUGAUCGGUCCAAUAUCCACAUUAGAAGAAAUGGAUAUAAAGGUUUUACAAUUCCAAAAUAAAAAACUAGCUCAGCGUAUUGAGCAACGACACAGAACUGAAACUGAAUUACGCCAACGAAUUGAGCAAUUGGAGAAACGUCAAACACAAGAUGAUGCCGUGUUGAAUGUUGUUAAUCGAUAUUGGAAUCAACUGAACGAAGACAUUCGAGUACUUCUUCAACGGUUCGAUGCGGAAACUGCUGAUGAAUCUGAGAACAAAAACGAAAAUGAAGCUACCACUUCAUUUCUUAUGCAGUUAUCGACAUGGGAUAAAGAAGAAUUGGAUGACAAAUUGGCAAAUCGAGUUCAAGUAUCAAAAAGAGCUGUUGCGAAAGUAAUCCAAGCUUUUGAUCGUCUUAUGCAAAGAAAUGAAAAAAUUACUUUAGCUCUGAAGGGAGAAUUAGAUGGACAAGAAUCACCGCCGUCAAUGGAUGAAACAAUUCGACAAGCGAAUAUCGAAAUGCAAAAUGAAAAUCGCAAACUUCAAGCAUUAAACACAUCCUUACAUGAAAAAUAUCAUACAAUUAGUUUAAAAAUGUCUGAAUUACAGGAUUCAUUAACGGCUAAAGAUACUGAAAAUGCUGAAUUGCGUAAUCAAAUUGAUGAAUUAAAAUAUGAACAAGAAAAGAUACGUUGCCGUAAUGAUAAAUUAGAGACACAUUUAGCUGAAGCCAUUGAAAAAUUGAAAACUUAUCAUCAAUUACAUGGUGAUAGUGAAAAAACACCUCAACAGAAGGGUGUUGUUACAACAAGUGUAUCACAAUCAAAAUUAGAAGAUUUAAAUAAAGAAAUUGAAGAAUGGAAAGAAUUGGCUAAUAAUCGAUUACAGGAAUUAGAUAAAUUACAUAUGCAACAUCGGGAAUGUUUAAAAGAAGUUGAAAAAUUAAAAAUGGAUAUACGACAAUUACCGGAAAGUGUAAUAGUGGAAACAACUGAGUAUAAAUGUUUACAGUCACAAUUUUCCGUUUUGUACAAUGAAUCAAUGCAAUUGAAAACUCAAUUGGACGAUGCCCGAGCUCAACUUCAAGCUUCUAAAAAUGCUCACUUAAGAAAUAUUGAAAUGAUGGAGAGUGAAGAAUUGAUGGCCCAAAAAAAAUUACGACAAGAAGUAAUGCAAUUAGAGGAUGUGUUAGCACAAUUACGCAAAGAAUAUGAAAUGCUACGAAUUGAAUUUGAACAAAAUCUAGCGGCAAAUGAACAGACAGGUCCAAUAAAUCGAGAGAUGCGACAUCUAAUUACCUCGUUACAAAAUAAUACACAACAAUUAAAAGGUGAAGUGCACCGUUAUAAACGUAAAUACAAAGAAGCAAACUCUGAAAUACCAAGGUUACGCAAAGAAAUUGAAGAAUUAACUGCUAAAUUGGGACAACAAGCAGCCGUACAAGAGUGUAAAGAUAAUCGAUGUGGAGAAAUUAGUGGUGAUAUUAAAGAUGAAGAUAAUUCGAAUAGUUCGCGUGAUCCUAGUAUGCAAAUUAAGGAUGAAAAUUUGUCGCUAUCAUUGAAAAAAGAAAUUGAUGAAGAUAUGGAGGUUGACGAUAUGGACGGGGACAAAGAUAAAACGAAUGUAAUGUCACCAUCAUCAACAAAGAAAGAAGGUGUUAAGCAAGAGAAAGGUGCUAUAAAAAAAGAAUGUACAAUUAAAUCAGAAAAAGAACGUGAAGCGCAACGUUUGAAGGAGGCUAAAAUUGCUGAAUCUGAAUUAGUAAGAGACCUGAAGGCCCAACUCAAGAAAGCCUUAAACGAACAGAAAGAAAUGAAAUUACUAUUAGACAUGUAUAAAGGCGUGAGUAAAGAGCAGCGUGAUAAAGUACAAUUAAUGGCAUCCGAGAAAAAAAUCCGUGCUGAAGUAGAAGAUAUGCGACAACAAAUGAAAAAAAUGCAGGAAAGUAAACGAGAAGAUCGAAAAAAAUUAGCAGAUGAAGAUGCAUUAAGAAAAAUUAAACAACUUGAAGAGCAAAAAUAUGAAUUACAAAAACAAGUCGCAUUACAAAAGCCACCUGGAGAUGGUGCAUGGGGUGCUGCGCAUGGAGUUCAUCAUUCAAGGCCUUUUGUUGGUUCUCAUGAAGAAGAAGCUUUGUUAAAUGAAAUGGAAGUAACUGGACAAGCUUUUGAAGAUAUGCAAGAACAAAAUUCAAGAUUAAUUCAACAGCUUAGAGAAAAGGAUGAUGCAAAUUUUAAAUUAAUGACUGAACGUAUUAAAUCGAAUCAAUUGCAUAAACUAGCUCGAGAAGAAAAAGAUGUUUUAAAGGAGCAAGUUGGAACGUUAACCGCACAGGUUGAAGCUGCAAAUGUCGUUGUUCGAAAAUUAGAGGAAAAAGAACGAAUUUUACAAAAUACAUUAGCAACUGUUGAAAAAGAAUUAGCUUUAAGGCAGCAAGCUAUGGAAAUGCAUAAACGUAAAGCUAUAGAAUCGGCGCAAUCUGCAGCAGAUUUAAAACUUCAUUUAGAAAAGUAUCAUUCACAAAUGAAAGAAGCUCAACAAGUUGUUGCCGAAAAAACAAGUUCUUUAGAAGCGGAAGCGUAUAAAACGAAGAGAUUACAAGAAGAAAUCGCACAGCUACGUCGAAAAGCUGAACGAAUGAAAAAAAUGGAAUAUACUGGUUCAUCAUUAGAUGAAGUCAUGAUGGAAGAAAUUCGAGAAUAUAAAGAGACAUUAACAUGUCCAUCAUGUAAAGUAAAACGAAAAGACGCUGUGCUGUCAAAAUGUUUCCAUGUAUUUUGUUGGGAUUGUCUUCGUACACGAUAUGAAACGCGGCAACGAAAAUGUCCGAAAUGUAAUUGUGCGUUUGGAGCAAAUGAUUAUCAUAGAUUAUAUUUAUGCACUUAAAAUAAAUUAAAUUAAAAUAAUUAUAUUUAAAUUUGUUUAAAACUGUUCUGAGAAAGUAUAAACUAAUUAUGUUAAUUGUUUAAUGGUAAUAACGUUUCUAACUUUUAUAAUACUGAAUCAAACUGAAUUCGUUUUUUAUACUUGCAAUUUAAUUAAAUUAAAACUUUCAAUUGUGAAAAAUGUAUAAUUCAUUUUUAAGAAAUUAAUAACUUGAACUAUAUUGAAUAUAGAACAUAAAAUAUCGUUUAUUAUGCAGUA